UACUCCUCCUCCUCCUAAGAUGGCGGCAGACUCCGCGGAGCAGUUCUGCGUGGCCGAGGAGCGGAGCGGUCACUGCGCCGUAGUGGACGGGAACUUUCUCUACGUGUGGGGGGGAUACGUGUCAAUUGAAGAAAAUGAAGUUUAUCUGCCUAAUGAUGAGCUCUGGAUCUAUGAAAUGGAUAGUGGGUUAUGGACAAUGCACUUAAUGGAAGGAGAACUGCCUACCUCCAUGUCAGGGAGCUGUGGAGCAAGCAUUAAUGGGAAGCUGUACAUUUUUGGUGGAUUUGAUGAUAAAGGAUACAGUAAUCGGCUUUAUUAUGUUAAUUUGCGAACAAAAAAUGGAACCUAUAGGUGGAAAAAAAUUACAAAUUUUAAAGGUCAACCUCCUACACCACGUGACAAGCUUUCCUGCUGGGUGUAUAAGGACAGGCUAAUAUAUUUUGGUGGCUAUGGCUGUAGGAAGCAUAAUGAACUGAGUGACUGUUUUGAUGUCCAUGAUGCCUUUUGGGAAGGACAGAUAUUCUGGGGAUGGCAUAAUGAUGUUCAUGUUUUUGAUACAACCACACAAACUUGGUCUCAACCAGCAAUUAGGGGUGGAGAUCCACCUCAGCCUCGAGCAGCUCAUACAUGUGCUGUGCUGGGAAAUAAAGGUUACAUCUUUGGAGGACGUGUGCUGCAAACUAGGAUGAAUGAUUUGCACUGCCUGAAUUUAGACACUUGGACUUGGUCUGGAAGAAUUAAUAUCAGUGGAGAGAAGCCCAAAGAUCGUUCCUGGCACACACUGACUCCAAUAGGAGAUGACAGACUUUUUCUUUUUGGUGGACUAAGUUCUGAUAAUGUUCCUUUAAGUGAUGGCUGGAUUCACAGCAUUACAACAAAUGGAUGGAAACAACUGACCCAUUUGCCUAAGAGUAGGCCUAGACUGUGGCAUACAGCCUGCCUGGGGAAAGAAGGAGAAGUGAUGGUGUUUGGUGGAAGCAAAGAUGACUUGCACUUCAUGGACACAGGUCACUGCAGUGAUUUGUUGAUAUUCCAGACUCAACCUUAUUCACUCCUCAGGUUGUGUCUUGACUGCAUUGGUAAAAAUGCAGCUCUCUUACAGAAUCAGAUCCCGUGUCUGCCAUCCAAACUUUUGCAGCAGGUGCUGAAAAAAAUAACCUUCUGGGCUGCAGCCAGCCACAGGCAAGAGAAGAAAGCUGAAACAGAAAGACAAAGUCAGCUGAACACCACAUGAACAGUGACCACCUUGAACACUUGGGUUUAUUUACAGCCUACAAAGUUUUUUGUUAGUGAACUUUACUAAUCCUACAGAACAACUGUAUGUUAAGCUGAGUUUCUAAGUGAAGAUUGAGAACAAAGAAAUCCUUUUUAUGGAAGUCUCCUUUGGUUUUUUGCAUUGUAGAAAAUUGAUAUAAAACUUCAUUUGUAUAUAUUGUUAAAUUCUGCUGUUGUGGUCUUAAUGAGAGAGUCCACAUACCACUUGUUCUUUUUUGAAGGUGACAGGUGAUACAAAACGUUUUCAGUUGGGUAAAACACUGCUUCAGUCUAAAAAUCUUCCUUCAGCCUUUCUGAAAAACCAGCUCAACACAGUUUAGUUCAACACAGCAUCCUGGGGAGAUUCACACUUAUCAGUCUUGAAAAAGGUAAUUUGCUAACACCAUGGAAUCUGAUGAUUUAAUUCCACCAGACUGGUGUCUGGCCAUCCAAACGAUGGAGCCAGGCAUCUUAGUCCAAGUAGGAAAAUUGGUUCAGAGAACUGUGGAACUUGAAGAGAAAGCUGCAGUGAGCAGCAUCACCCUUUGUAUAGGAAACCUUCCGUGCAGUUCAGAACACAACACAGUUUUACUAUGUUUCUGUAAUCAGAGUCCUUUUUGAAACAGGUUGUAUAUGGUAUUUUGGAUGUGUAAAGUUUAUAUUUAAAUUCUGGUUUAAAAGAAAAUAUGCUUAUUUAUUGUUUAAAAAAGAAGAGCAUAUGUAGUACUUGCUAUUUUUCUGUUUUAGAUAUUUAGUUAACAGGAGCACAGUCAUUAAAAUUUUAUAGAGAGUUGAAUUGA